AACUCGGAAUCUAAAAACCGACGUCUCUCUCUUCUGUCUCUCUCACCGCCUCUUUCUUCUCUGCUUGGGAUCUCUAUCUCUCUUUCUCCAUGAUUAAAUCUCUAAAAUCAGCUGAAGUUUAAGUCUUUUUUUUCUAUUUAAUGAAAAUGAUCUUGGCUUAACCCUGUUACCAACAACGACGUGAAUGAAAGUUGGGAGAGUUGUGAAAACAAUCUUGCUCCUAGCAGUGUUCAAGAACAUCAAAUCGAAGGUGAUUGGUUUAAGGAAUUCAUACAACACCGUUAAGGCAGUUGUGAAGGCCUUGAAUGCAGUCGAAACCCCAAAGGAUGUUCAAGAGAAGUUUGGCCGGACAGUUGUUUAGAAAUAUCUCCUGUAAAAGCUGGUGCGUUCAUGGCUUUGGUAUGUAGUGUUGAGUUUUGGAUUAAAUCCUAUGUUUGGUUUUAGAUUAGUAGUGUGUUUCUUACAUCACAGCUGAAUUCAUCGUUUACGGUCUUGGUGAAAAAUAAAGUAGUUAAGAAUAC